UUUUUGGGCGUAGCACAUGGCUAAUGGGGGUGGUUGCACGCCGCUGGUGUCUGCAAUGUAGUUUUAGAGGGGUAUAGGGUAUACCGAAAUAAGCCUUCAAUCCAUUCUAUCGUGGCGGGAUGGAAGUUCCUUCCAUCUUGAUUCUGAUUCUUUAGUAAGAAGCCGGCUACUGGUGAACUAAAGUAAAUUGAGAAAAAAAAUCGCUAGAUCAGUAAAGGUUAGCUGAAUUACUAUGUGUUAAUUGGAUAUCUGUAAAUAAGUUUUCCUCGGAAUGAACUAGGUAUGAUGUAUUUAAGUGUAGGCUUUAUCCAUUCUUGCUAAGUCUAGUAUGUGGGGAAUGGCGAGUGCCUACCUGUACAAGGCUAUUGACUAUGAAAAUCACAAAUUUGAAGAUUGUGAUAUGUAGUUAUGCUGAUUAAAUGUUCUAGAAUAGCGAAAUUGUGCAUUAAACAAGUGUGUAACGAAGGAAGCAAGUCAUAUGUUCGACACUUUGUGAACAGCAUAGUUCAUCAUAAAAAUAUGGCUGUAUCUAGUCAGGCUAGAGUGUAUUCUGAUGUCAACUCUCACAAACCGAGAGAGUAUUGGGACUAUGAAAGUUAUGUUGUUGAUUGGGGCCAACAAGAUGACUAUCAAUUGGUUCGGAAGUUAGGACGUGGAAAAUACAGUGAAGUGUUUGAAGCAAUCAACGUUACAAAUAAUGAAAAAUGUGUAGUUAAAAUAUUAAAGCCUGUAAAAAAGAAGAAAAUAAAAAGAGAAAUAAAGAUAUUAGAAAAUUUAAGAGGAGGUACAAAUAUAAUCACAUUAGAAGCUGUUGUUAAGGAUCCUGUAUCGCGGACACCUGCUUUAAUAUUUGAACAUGUAAACAAUACGGAUUUUAAGCAGCUUUACCAAACGUUAACUGAUUUUGACAUACGAUAUUAUUUAUAUGAACUGCUCAAAGCUUUGGAUUAUUGCCAUAGUAUGGGUAUUAUGCAUAGGGACGUAAAGCCACAUAACGUUAUGAUCGAUCAUGAAAAUAGGAAAUUGCGUUUGAUAGAUUGGGGCUUAGCAGAGUUUUAUCACCCCGGCCAAGAGUAUAAUGUAAGAGUGGCAUCUAGGUAUUUUAAGGGUCCUGAGCUUCUUGUAGAUUAUCAGAUGUAUGACUAUUCUUUAGAUAUGUGGUCGUUGGGCUGUAUGUUAGCAUCGAUGAUCUUUAGAAAGGAACCAUUCUUCCACGGUCAUGACAACUACGACCAGUUAGUCCGUAUAGCCAAAGUCCUAGGAACUGAAGAGCUUUAUGAAUAUCUCGACAAAUAUCAUAUAGAACUAGAUCCCAGGUUCAAUGAUAUAUUAGGAAGACAUUCCCGCAAAAGGUGGGAACGUUUCGUGCAUAGUGAAAAUCAACAUUUAGUGUCUCCUGAAGCAUUAGACUUUUUGGAUAAACUAUUACGUUAUGAUCAUUUAGAACGCCUUACCGCACGUGAUGCUAUGGAUCACGCCUAUUUCUAUCCAGUUGUAAAAGAGCAAUGCAGAAUGUUGUCAACGGUUUCUUCUUCUCCUACUCCCCUGACAGGCAACUUGUCUGUUGUAGGAGUAGGUGAGUAGCGAGCAAAUAAGCACUUUCAUCAUUUCACAUAUGCUGUCAUAUUUUGCCAUACACUAUUUUUAAAAUAGUCGUCGGACUCUUUCAUAUACUUUCAGUCAGUGACGGAUUUUCCAGUACCUAUUUAAUUUUGUCCCUCAAAUUAUUCAACCAUUUUAUUUAGAAUAAUUUCAAAUGACUGACGUUUUUCUGUGUAUCAUAAUGUAAUUGAUUAUGCCAUUUAUGGGAUUCUUAUACACUUUUGAGAUAUACAAAUAAAAUCUUAUUAAUUGAA